GUAAAGGGGAGGAACAGGCGCUGGCUGGCACCGUCCUCACCCUCCUCUGCCUCCAGAUGGGCUCUGGCCCGGAGGGGGAAGAGGUGUUUCGCAGCCUGAAGCCCUUGCUCGUCAGCAUCCUGACAGACAGUGCCGCCAGCCCCAGCGCCCGGCAGAGCUGUGCCACGGCUCUGGGCAUGUGUUGCUACAUUGCCGCUGCUGAUGUCGAGGACCUGAUCUCGUGCCUGUCCUGCUUGGAAGGCGUCUUCAGCCCUCCCAGCACAGGCGAGGGGGACUCGGCACCCAUCCAGCACGGCCCCCUGCACUGCGGCGCGCUCCAGUCCGCGCUCCAGUCGUGGUCCCUGCUCCUCACCAUCUGCCCCCCCUCCCACAUCAAGAGCAUCUUGGACAAUCGCUGGCUGAAGCUGCCCCCGCUGCUGUCCAGCAGCAGCGUUGCGCUGCGCAUCCUGGCCGGGGAAACCAUCGCGCUGGUCUUCGAGCUGGCCCAGGACCUGGAGAGCGGGGAGUACCAGGAGGAGACCAUCCGAUUUGGCCUGGAGUGCAUGUACCUGGACAGCUGGGCACGCCAGUGGACCUACCAAGCCUUCAAAGAGGUGCUGGGCUCCGGCAUCCGCCACCACCUGCAGAACAAUGAGCUGCUACGGGAGAUCUUCGGCCUUGGGCCCCCCUUGGUGCUGGAUGCGGCUGCUCUGAAAGCCAGCAAGGUCUCCCGCUUCGAGAAG